UGCACCAAAUCCCCAACUCUUUACCACAAAACCCCAUUCAAGCAUAGCUUUUGCUUCAAUGGCUUCAAUGUCCUCUCGUGGCUCAAAUGCAUGGACUCCAAUGCAGAACAAGGCCUUUGAAAAGGCUUUGGCUGUGUAUGAUCAAGACACCCCUGAGAGAUGGCUCAAUGUUGCUAAGGUUGUUGGGGAGAAAACUGAAGAGGAAGUCAAGAGGCAUUACCAACUUCUCCUACACGAUGUCAAACAUAUCGAGUCGGGCAAUGUCCCGUUUCCUUAUCGAAACUCUAGCGAUGAUUUGCCGAGGAAAAGAGGAUGAGUAAGAAGAAGUUCUUCAUUGAUCCAGCUAGUGCAAUAGCUGGAAGAAUAAAAGAAAGAAGUUUAUUUGAAGUCUUGUUUCUCCCAAAAUCUAGGAGAUAUUUGGUCUUGUUUUUCUCCCAAAAUCUAGGAGAUAUUUGGUCUUGUCUUGGUUGACAUUCAUAUCUAUGAGAAAUGUCUAAUUUAAGAGAAA